GUUCUAUAAAAGAUACACAAACAAACUAUACAUUAUUCACUCUAUCAUCCAUGGCUAGAACAAGUCCUACCCAACUCCCCAUCCGUUUCUUCAAGAUUAUCCUCCAAACUAAUCUUCAAAGACUUAAAAUACCAAAUAAGUUUACAAGGAGACAUGGAGUGAGUCUAUCAAAUCCAGUGUUGAUCAAUCCUCCUGAUGGCACCAAAUGGAAAGUUUAUUGGAAAAAAGUCAAUGGUGAGAUUUGGUUUGAAAAAGGUUGGAAAGAUUUUACUCAAAAUUACUCUCUACAACAAGGUUAUUUGGUGUUAUUCAAAUAUAGAAAAGGAACUUCCAACUUCAAUGUACUAAUACUUGGCCAGAAUGCAAUGGAAAUAGACUAUGGUUCUUCAUCUGACACUGAUGAUGAUGAAAAUGACAAUGUUGGUGAUAGUGAUGAUGAAUCGGUUAAGAUUAUAGAUGGAAAGAACAAUAGUAUUGAUCAUAGUGAUGAUGAAUCAGUUAAGAUUUUGGAUGAAUGGCUUAAACGGAAGAAGAACAAACAAAUGUCACCAAUAGGUCGAUCUCCUCGACCACAUAAGAAAGUUAGGGGUGAGACUGAGAACAUUACUAAAAGAGCUCAGGAAGUAGCUGCAAAAUUCAUCUCAAGCAAUCCUUUUUUCACAAUUCUCAUAAAGCCUUAUCAUCUGGUAAAAGGUCAGCUGUAUGUACCGAGUUUAAAAGGUGUUACUGAGCACAAAGAGAAGUAUGUGAUGCUGCAGAUUGGAAAAAGAUCAUGGAAUGUGAAACUGCUUCGUUGUAAUGACGAAGAAAAAGGACGUCGCCUUUCAGCCGGUUGGAAUUUGUUUGCAAGUGAAAGUGGACUGAAACCAGGAGAUGUUUGUGUGUUUGAACUGAUAAACAAGAAUGAUUUAGUUUUUAAAGUUCAUGUUUUCUAAAGGGGACAAAGUUAAUGUAGGGGUACCUAUUUUGAGUAAUAGUAGCACUUUCCUUUCCAUUAAAUGGGUGAGUGAAAUGCCCUUUAGCUUUGGUUGUAG